AUGGAAAAGAUCAGAGAAAAGCUAAGCAACUUGAAAUUAGAAGCCGAGUCGUGGCAAGACAAGUACGAAGAGUUGAAGGAACAGGUGAAAGUUUUGGAACAAGAAAAGACGGAUAACGAAAACUUGAUCAAGUCUUUGACUACCAAGAACCAAACUUUGGAAGAAGAAGUUGAGACUUUGGAAGGUCAAGUCUCUGAACACAAGCAACUAGCUGAAGAUUCUACCAAUUUGAAAUCUCAUAACGAGAAUUUCAGCAAGAAGAAUCAACAAUUGGAGGAAGAAUUGGAGGAAAAUGAUUCCAAGUUGAAGGAAACCACAGAAAAGUUGAGAGAAGCUGAUUUGAAGGUUGAGCAAUUGGAAAGAAAAGUCACCUCUUUGGAACAAGAAAGAGAUGAUUUGGAAAAGAAAUAUGACGACUUACAAACCAAGUACGAUGCUGCAAAGGCCGAAUUGGACGAAAUCUCUGCCUCUUUGGAAAAUUUAUGA